UAUUAUUUAUAUCCAUAUGGAAACUUGUUGUACUUCAUGAAUCGAUCCUAUCCAAGUGAAUGAUGAUCUUAUCGGUUUUUCUUUCUUUUCUCCAGUAAUCAUAUUUAUUUUCAAGGCUUGAUUAUUACACUUGAUAUUAUUCACAGAAUGAUUUUGUUGUUUUUUCAUUGUUCUUUAGUGGUUUUUAGAUAUUAUACAAAACUUUUCUUUUUUCUAGAAUGAGUAUUUCAGAAUCAUUUGUACGUAUUGAGAUUUGGUUAUCUAAAAAUGCACCUGAUGUAUUUCGUCAAUGAAAUAAACCUAUAUCAUCAAUUGAUGAACUUGAUAAAAUUGAAACAAUUUUAGGUGCAAAAUUUCUUCCCUCUGUACGUGAAGCUUAUACUUUUCAUAAUGGUGAAUCAACUGAAUCAAAAGGUUUAUUUGGUGGUUGGCGUUGGUUACCAUUAUAUGAAAUAAUUCAACGAAAUGAUGAACAAAAAAAUAAUAAUGUUCAAAAACAUCACUUUGUAGAUUUUAAACCAUCAUUUGUGAUACCAUUAUUAAUAUCAACAAUAUCAAUGAGUGUUUUACGUUAUGUUGAUACAAGUGAGGAUAAUGGUCAAGAAGAAACAUCAGUUAUUGAAAGGGAUCAUAAGCAACCAAUUCGUGAUUAUUUAUCAACAUUUGCCGAGAGGCUUGAACUUGGUGAAUAUAUUCCUGGUGUUAAUGAUCAAGAAAAAACACGUGAUCUUAUUCUUAAAAAAUAA